UCCACGGUUUCGUCUAGUCCGCUAACAUUAGCUGACUGACCCGCUUGGCUCGGAAGCAGAACGGAUUUCACGGUUUAACAAUGUUUUAUGUUUAGGUCCAACAAACGUUAACGACGACCCCCGCCGACGGAUGGACAUAACUGCAACGGGAAGCCGUCAAUGCGAAGAGAGAGGAUCCAUGGCAAAGUGGUUGAAGGACUACCUCAACUUUGGCACCAGGCGUGACCCUCCACAGCCCCCGAGGCCAGAUUACAGCGAAAGUGAGAUUUUGAGGGCCUACCGAGCUCAGAAGGAGCUGGACUUCGAGGACCCGUAUCAACACUCGGAUAAGGAGCGUCGGAAUGGUGGUUUCAGCCCCUGCAGUGCCGCAGUGAGCCUGCCCUAUUUCCCUGCAUUCGGCUCAGUGCUGCCUAAUGGCGUGGAGGUGAAAGUGGUGUCGCCCAAGCACAGACUUAUUAAAGUGGACUCCCAGGAGUUUGGCUGCGGUAAAAUCUUCCUAAAGCCUGAGACUAUUCCAGAGGAACCUGUGAUUCCUUCUGCCCCAGCAGCGUCGGACGCUGACAAGGACUACUCUGAUCCCUUUGAUGUCCGUCCAGACACGAGGGGCAGACCAAACUGGGAGCCCAAAUCUGCAUCAACAGACUGCUGCAGCUACAUGGAGCCAUUUGAAGCCCAACGGAUUAUCUCAGAACUGCAGCACAGCAUUAUGAAUAACCGGUCUGGGAGUGCAGAUGGCGGCCAGUUGUACGAUAACCCGUACGAGGAGCAGCCUCAUCACAACCACCGAGCUGCUGCCGCUCCAGCAGCACAACAACAACAACCUCAGAGGGUUGAGGUUGGAUUUGCCCAGAUAGAAGGCAGAGAGAGCAGGCUGCCUCAGGAUGACGAGAGGCCCGCUGACGAAUACGACCAGCCCUGGGAGUGGAAGAAGGACAACAUAUCAAAAGCUCUAGCAGUUCAGUUUGAAGGGGCGGAACGGGAGCGCUCGCAGACCCGGCUCACCAAGACGGGCACCGCAUCGGCCACAGCUGACUCCACGACGCUCCUCCUGGUUGGCAACACGCCUCCUCGCCUGGGAGAGCGAGUGGAUCCAUCCAUGCCGCUGGAGAGACAAGUGUGGUACCACGGGUCCCUGAGCCGCUCGGAGGCCGAGAGCCUCCUGACGCUGUGCAAGGAGAACUCGUACCUGGUGAGGAACAGCCAGACCUGCAGGAACGACUACUCGCUCUCACUCAGGAGCUGUAAGGGCUUCAUGCACAUGAAGUUCACUCGCUCUCCAGAGGGGCGCUACGUCCUCGGGGAGAACAGCCCCCCCUUCUCCACCAUCCCCGAGGUCAUCCACUACUACACCACACACAAGCUGCACAUCAGAGGAGCCGAGCACAUGUCGCUCCUGUACCCUGUCACCGUGCAGACGCUCUGACGCUCGCAAGCUACUGAAUACACAGUGUACUCCAUAUUUACCCCACUUCCUACUCGCCUUUUCCUCAACUGCCCGCAAGAGAUUGGACUAUUCAUUACCCCAAAAAACACACUGGAGCUCAGUGCCUCCGUGAAUAUCGCCUGUGAACUGGUAUCGUCACUGAAAUCCUCUUUUUAUUUUCACACCAACGGACUCCUGAAAAUCUCUAACAAUUGAUAUUAAGCUUACUUUUGAGGUAAAAUAUAAAUACGGAUAAUAUACAGAAUACUGCAUGGAGAUGUGUCACUUUUACUGUCGAGCAUAAAUAUCCAAUAGUGCCAGAUUAAGGGAUUAUAGUGGAGUUUCCAGACGCACGACGGCCAUUAUUUAUGUUUUAUGGUGACCACAAAAGGAAAGAAAGAUGAUCUCAAUUUAUUUAGACCGUAGAAGGAGCCGAAAACAACCCGAUUAUCAUCCUUCAGCCAAACGCUGCACAUACUGUGACCGUUAUAUAACUUCACUCCUGCAAUACUAGUGUGGAGAAUCAUUACUCCAGUAUUAAAUUGAGAGCUCGUGGCUGUGUGAUCACGACUGUUAAAAAGGAGCGUUAGUAGAUUUAUUUACUGUUCUGUUUUUAUAAGAAUGUAAAUGACUUUUUUCAAAAUAAAAGCCGUCUGUUUUUUU